AUGCUCGCCCUUCGAAGAUGUUCUUCGUCUCAGACAUUUUGGUCUCUGCCAUUGAAGCAUGGUUGGAUCCGUCAUAAUUCGUCCUACCCAAUCCACCAGUUCGCCGAGCUCGCCCGCCGUCCGUCCUCUUUACAUCAAAUCUACCAGUCGCUAUCAACAGAUCCCUAUGUGAACCUCUCGAUCGAACACUUCCUACUGGAGAAUGCCCCAGCAGACUCCAGUAUUCUAUUUCUCUAUACCAAUCGGCCAUGUGUAGUCAUCGGUCGCAAUCAGAACCCAUGGCUUGAGACGGAUCUCCGCGCCCUCCAUAAUGACCGCAAGAAAGGUGCCGCCGGAGAAGACGAAGCUACAGUACUCGUGCGUCGGCGAUCCGGUGGUGGGGCUGUCUUCCACGAUGAAGGUAAUCUAAAUUACAGCGUGAUUUGCCCGCGCACCUCAUUUACGCGUGACAAGCAUGCCGAGAUGGUGGUGCGCGCACUUCAUCAGGUCGGAGCUACCAACACUAGUGUCAACGAGCGGCACGAUAUUGUUAUGGCUCGGUCAGAGGCCAAACAAGAUGAUCCAAAUGAACCUCUGACACGCAAGGUGUCUGGUUCUGCGUUCAAGCUCACUCGACACCGAGCCCUCCAUCACGGCACUUGUUUACUCGAUUCCCCAAAUAUCCAUGACCUUGGCCGGUAUUUGCGAUCAUCCGCACGCGGAUAUAUCCAGGCCAAGGGUGUGGAAAGCGUUCGCUCUCCUGUCGGAAAUGUUUCAGCUGCCCUCGCCGAUUCCUUUUUCUCGAUGCAGGGCGUGAUUCAAAGUGUGAUUGAGCAAUUUGCUCAGCUCUACGAAGUACAUCCUGAUGCGGUUCUCAGGGCCCAGCGCGCUCAUGCCAAUGAGCCCGAAGUCUUUGCUGGAGAUUCCUGGGUGGCUGGUACAGUAGGAGAGGUGCAAAGCGAGCAUGAACCUGCCAUUGCGAAAGGAAUCGCAGAGUUGCGCUCGUUAGACUGGAAAUAUACCCAAACACCCCGGUUUACUUUCUCCACAUAUCCUAUCGAAGAGGACCCUCGCGAACGGCCGCCAUUGCCCUUCUCGCUCCCUUCAAGUACUCGUGCAUUCCUCCGGCUACAACACGGUGCUAUCGUCGAAAGUGACAUCUCCGUCUCACCUGAUGAGUCCAUCGCAUCUGAUCAAGCCAGUUCUGUCCAUUCAUUACUAAAUGGACAAAAGCUGCAUGAGAUCACUGAAGCGCGGUGGUCGGAAAUUCUCAAGCAGGGCCUUGGUGAGACAGAGGGAGUUGAUGAUGCUCUUGUGAAAGAGUUGGCCCGAUUCUUGAGUGGCCUCUUGGGAGGUUAG